AUGUCGAAUCCCCUUACCACCGCCUUGGAAAAAGCACUCCGCGGCCGCCAGAAGAGGUCGGUCCCCACUACUGACCUUCUAUACGAAACAUCCUUCUCGGCGCCCGACCUCUUCUCCAAUGAUUAUCUCUCCCUCACCACGGAACCGCAGCUACGCCAAUCCUUCCUCGAUGAGCUCUCUCGCUCUCCGCUCGUGUUUGGAACCGGCGGCUCCCGCUUAAUGAGCGGGAACCUGAGCGCCCACACUGAAUUCGAAGCGAGAAUGAAGACGUUCUUCGGAGCCCCUGCUGCAUUGCUCUUCAACUCUGGAUACGACGCCAACGUUUCCUUCUGGCACUCCGUUCCGCAGGCUGGCGACGCUGUCAUCUUGGACGAGUACGUCCAUGCGUCUACCCGAGACGGAGUUGCGACAUCUCGCAUUAAGGGCUCCCUGUACACCUUCGCCCACAACUCCGUGUCUUCCUUGUGCGACUGCAUUUCCAGAGUGCUGGAGAAACAUCCUGAUAUUGCCGCGGGGAAAGGAACUGUCUUCAUUGCUGUCGAGAGCCUGUACAGCAUGGACGGAGACUUUGCGCCUCUUCCGGAGAUAGUGCGACUGACGAAGGAGCUGGUUCCGCCGGGAUGUGCUCAUAUCGUGGUCGACGAGGCGCAUUCGACCGGUAUAUGUGGGCCGCAAGGUAGAGGGCUCGUUGCAGCGCUGAACUUGGAUAGUCACAUCGACACGGUCCUUCAUACUUUCGGUAAAGCGCGUGCAUUUGUAGGUGCCGUUAUUUUGACCUCCCCUGUCAUCAGAAAGUACAUGAUUAACUACGGGCGUCCGUUCAUCUACUCAACUUCGCUCCCUCGUUCAUCGAUCUGUGCAUUGAAUGCUUCCUUCGAUUACAUAGAAAGCCCCAUUGGUACUGAGCUCAUGGACCGUCUCCGUCGUCUAUCUGUUUACUUUGAGCAGAGACUGGUCUCGACCUUGCAGGAUAUUCCAUCCAGCCUUCUCACUCUUCGGGCACGCAAUAACCCACCCGAGUUCCCCGUGGAAAUAGUCAGCCCCAUAUUCCCCAUCAUCACCAGUGCCCCCAUUUCGCUCGCCAGCUUCCUGCAGCGCCUUGGAUAUGCAGCGUUGCCCAUCCCAUAUCCAGUAGAGCCCCGCGGCCAGGAGCGGGUCCGCGUUGUGGUGCAUGCGCGAAACACAGAGGAGGAGGUUGAUGGGUUGCUGGGACAUAUGGUAGAGUGGGCGACGAUGAUGCAGACACAAGAGAUGCAGCUUGAGCAGGUCGCGAUCGGCGUGGUCAAUGCGGCGACGAGGCAGGAAACUAGCUUCGAGACCCUCAGGGUGGACAGUCUUGCUGUUCAACUCUCUUCUACAGCAUGUCAGAUACAAGUGGAUACAGGUAUUCGCGUCGCGUAG